AUGCUUUGUUUGUGCCUAGUAGAAGAAAUCAUAGACAAAGAAGAGUUUGUUCUGCUUUACGAUACAUACAGGCCGAGAAAUCUUCCGUUUCCUCACUCGGCGUAUGAAAAGUUUUCCCUCGCGAAUAAAGACCCAGCCGAAUGUAAAGCCGAUUUCCGAGUGGAAAAAAGAGACAUUCCUUUGCUUGCUGACGCAUUAACAGUACCUCCUGUGUUCCGAUGCCGUAAUGGAACAAUUUGCGAUGGAGCCGAAGGCCUGUGUAUAAUGCUGAAGAGGUUUGCUUACCCGUGCCGGUAUUCGGACAUCAUUCCUAUUUUUGGACGAUCCGUGCCAGAACUUAGCGUGAUUAGUAAUGAGGUUGUAGACUGGAUGUACACAACUCAUGGUCACCAAAUAACACAGUGGAAUCACGACCUGUUAAAUCCAGCUGCACUGAAUGAGUAUGCUGAUGCCAUUAGUAACAAAGGAGCAGCACUGGAAAAUUGUUUUGGAUUCAUAGAUGGAACUGUGCGCCCGAUUUCUAGACCGGAUGAAAACCAA